GACAUAUUACAAGUCUAACCAUGGCUGACACUACGGACUACGAGAAGCUCACAACAGAGGAAAGUUGGGACGAAACAGACCGGAGAAUCACACAAAUGGGAUUUUUUGGCUGGAGACCCCGUUUUUUGGAGUGUCUCAAUAAACCAGCCAUUUUCGCGGGAUUCUUCGCCUUUGGAAACUUCUUCAUGGUCAUGACGUAUGGGAUCUUGAGCUUGGUUAUACCGAUAAUUGAAUCAGUUUACAAUCUCAACUCAAAGCAGACUGGUGUUAUCUUCAUGGCGAAUGAUAUCAGCGGGACUAUUGUAGCCCUGAUGAUAGGCAACUACUGCAGUGCAAGGAAAGUCCGGUGGAUUGGUCUAGGAAUGCUGGUUGUCUUCAUUUCAGCUGUCAUUCCUGCAUCAACCGCAAUUUUAGCUGAAUACCCACAACCAACAAUUCUCUCCAAAAUUGACCUGGUGAUAGAGCAGAAUCAAACAGUUCAUGUUGAAAAUGACAGAUUUGGCGUAUGCAAAGAGGUUCAUACAACUAAACAAACGACCGGAACCCCAAAUGAAUCGGAAGGUUACGCAGUCAGGAACCACAAAUACUUUUGGAUGUUUGUUCUCGGUUCCCUGCUUCAAGGGGUUGGAAACGCACCCCCAAGAAUCGCUGGGGCUACCUACAUGGACGAGAUAUUCACCCAAAAACAGUUCGGGGUGGCGAUCUCCUUCCUCUACGUUGUUUCUUUUUUAGGCUACCCAAUAACGAUGAUAUUGGGAGGUGUAUUUCUCCAGUACUACGUCACCUUGGAUCCUCCAGAGGGUGUCACCCUAGGGAGCAAAGAGUGGGUAGGAGCCUGGUGGAUGGGCAUGUUCUUCCCUUCAAUUCUCGUCUUUGUUUUCAGCUUCAUCGUGCUGCUUUACCCCAGACAAAUGCCCGCGGCUAAAAAAGUUCUACAAGAAAAAGUCCGGAAAGGCAUCACCACAGUGUUAGAGAAGAAAGAGGAGUUGGGGAGAUCUUUUAUAGAAAUCACAAAAGAUACGAUACCGGCUCUCAAAAGACUUAUUCGAAAUCAAGCUUUGACUUGCUUGAUUGUGGGUGAUAUCUUCUACUUUCUAUCAGUUGGCGCUUACAGUUAUUACCCGAAGCUGUAUGCCAAGAUUUUCAGACUCAACUAUAAAGCGGUUGGGAGCAUUAUGGGUAUCUCAAGCAUGAUUGGAUUCGGCAUUGGAUUCAUUAGCAGUGGGUUCUUGAUGAAAAUUAAAGAAUGGGAACCCAAGCAGCUGCAGCUCGUUUAUGCUAUCGUUUCGGCGCUAGCCAUACCGUUCACCUUUGGUAUCCUGAUAUACUGUCCCACUGAGACGCUAGCCGGUGUGGACGUCUCAUACUCAGACGUACUCAACACCACCCAACUUAGCUCCCCCACUCUCAUGGACCAGUGUAACUCUGAGUGUGCGUGCUCCACAGCGUUCUACCAGCCUGUGUGUGAUGGUGCUGUGACCUACUUCUCUCCCUGUCAUGCUGGGUGUAGGGAAGUGGAGGUGGAGGAAGGGAGGGUGGUGUCCUAUGUCAACUGCACUUGUUCCCCUUCUAAAACAGCCAUGCCGGGGCAGUGUGGCCAGCAAUGUCCCACCAGGAUGUACAUCUCACUGACUAUCACCACUAUCGGCACUGUGGUUGGGUUUUCAGGGUUCGCAGCUCACGCUUACAUCUACCAGAGAGUGGUAAGUGAAAUGGACCGGACCUUCACACAGGGCAUCAGGUCCUCUGUAAUAAGGGCACUGGGCACCUUGCCAGCUCCCGUCAUCUUCGGGUGGGUUAUCGACAAGUUCUGCACUGUUUGGAGAGUUUCAGAGGAUGGAACCACAGGGAAUUGUUGGGUGUACGACCUUGAUAGGUUGAUGUUGUGGUUCACCUUUCUGAGAGUGAUGAUGCGAACACUGAGCUGUGUUUGUUACUUUCUCUGCUGGUGGGUCUACCCGGAAAGAAUGCUGUGGUGGAGGAGGAGGAACUUGACGAUUGUAAGAAACAAGAUCAGAGUAGUGGGGUUCAACAGGGGGAAGAAGAUCAAAAUGGCCUCAUUCAGAAUGGAGACUGAUAGAUUGGAUUAUAGUCGGGCGCCCACAGUUGAACUCAGUGAAGUGAAACGUUACUGUCAUGGUUAUGUUGCUACUUAAGUUUAUAAAUAGAUAUUGUAGGAAGGGACUCUAAGACUACUGACUAACUCUGAGCUAAAGCAAAAUGCGCCACAUUUAAUCGUUGAUAAAAAGUGAUUUGCAGUGACCUUAAAUCAAUAUUGUAUCUGUUUGUGUAUUAUAAGUUUAGUUAGGUUUAAAGGAAAAAGGGAAAAUACUGAUUGGUGACUCGAUCAUCGUAUUUAAUUUUUAUUGUCCCAUUUUUGA